CUCCUUCUUGACCAGGAAUCAUCAAAUUCGAAAAUGGCUUUUUCUCAAACCCCCACCACCACCACCACCACCAUCAAUGGCGACCGCGCUCUCACUUUCUAGCUCUUCCUUUUUCCAACCCCGCACAAAACCCACUUCAACAAUCAGGCUCAAAUUCAAACCCAAAGCAUCCCUAUCAACCGCUUCUCCCCCAUCCAUGGCCACCGCCGCAGAGAAGGUGGCGCCGGCCGUCAUAGUCGGCGGCGGGCGCGUGGGGAAAGCACUUCAGGAAAUGGGCGGCGGAGACGAUAUACUGGUGAAAAGAGGAGAGCCCGUCCCUCCGGAUUUUUCGGGGCCCAUUUUAGUUUGUACCCGGAACGAUGAUCUGGAUGCCGUCCUCGAUUCCACUCCCAAAUCUCGAUGGAGCGAUUUGGUGUUUUUCCAGAAUGGAAUGAUGGAGCCGUGGUUUCAAACUAAAGGGUUAGGCGAUGCCGGUCAAGUUUUAGCGUAUUUUGCGGUUUCGAAACUCGGUGAAGCUCCGAUCGAUGGGAUAACCGACACGAACCCGGAGGGUUUAACUGCCGGUUAUGGGAAAUGGGGUUCUGCAGUUGCUGCAAGAUUACGUGCCGGUGGACUUUCUUGCAAGGUACUUGAAAAAGAUGCAUUUGAGAAGCAAAUGCUCGAAAAGCUGAUAUGGAUAUGUGCAUUCAUGCUCGUUGGAGCCCGUCAUCCUGGAGCAACUGUAGGCCUCGUUGAGAAGGAACAUCGUUCUGAGGUGUCGGCCCUGAUAGCCGAACUUGGUGCUGCGGCGGCUGCAGAGAAAGGUAUAGUCUUUGAAGGAGCGAUGGAGGAUAGAUUAUGUGCUUACUCGAGGGCAGUUGCUCAUUUUCCUACAGCAGUUAAGGAGUUCAAAUGGAGAAACGGGUGGUUCUAUUCGCUGUCGGAGAAAGCAAUUUCACAAGGCGAACGAGAUCCGUGCCCCUUGCACACAGCUUGGCUGAAAGAACUGAAGAUAGUCUAAAAAUUCAGUUUUUGGAUUUGAAUUUGAAAUAAUAAAUAGCUGAAUAUGGUUCAAUUUGACUCUCUUGUUUGUAGAUUCAUUAAUUUUAUUUUAUUUUCUUAGCAUUUUUUUGUCAU